UGGAGCGAUAUGGAUGCAAAUCAACAUGUAAACAAUGUCAAAUACUUCGGCUGGCUCUUGGAGAGUGUGCCUAUAAAUGUUCUUGAAGACUACAACAUGACGUCGAUGACCUUAGAAUACAGACGGGAGUGUCGGCAGUCAAACCCCCUCGAGUCGUUGACCACCAUCAAAGUCAACGGUGAAGACAAAAAAAUGUUAGAAUGCACACAUUUGCUGCGCAUGGAAGAGGAUAAGGCUGAGAUCGUUCGAGCAAGAUCGGUCUGGCAGUUCAAAAAACCUCGUCACAAUAUCUGAUUUUUUAUAUUUUUUCCUUUAAUUUUUCUGAAUAAAUGUUGCAAAUUAUUUGCAUUACACAUACUCUUAACUCUCCGUAUUUUUUCAUAUUAAUUUGAUGACCUUAGAAUACAGACGGGAAUAUUGUCAAUAAAUUAUAUUGCAAACUAUGUACUGUAUGGAAAGUGACAAGUAUUUUAAAUAGUGAGUGAUUAUUCCAA